GAAGUACCUUGAAAGAUAGAAGCUCCCGUGUUGGUACUAUGUGUCCAUGCAUGUUAAUUCUUCCGAAGUCAUAGCCCUACCCUAACCUACAAUUUAUUAUGAAAAUGUAACAGUGCUCAGUGAAAAUCAUUGAUGUACAAUGGCGACGGAAGCUUUAACUCCACGUAAACAUAAUAUUGCGGAAUUGAACAGGAAAGCUGCGUAUAAAAUUAAACAUGGUUCACCGAAGUUCAGGGAUGUUCUGCGAGCGCGUUGCAAAGCGAGGAUGAAGGAAAACCGUGACAAAAUUGUAUGUAAAUUGAGGAGCCUUCAUUCAUGUAAUGAUGUGGACAACUUGCUUUCAACUCUUGGAAAUGCUGAAUCAGGCGUAACAUAUUCUUUGUCUUCCUUUGGACUUGAAACUGAAGCAAGCACCCUUACUAAGGAAGAAGAAGAGAUAAUUGCAGAAUAUGAAGCAUUGCUAGCAAGUGAAGAAGAGAUGUUCUCAGAAAUGCUGCAGAAAAAUUUAGAGGAUGAAGUUGUGUGUCCUGUUUGUCAAAAGACAGCAUUGCAGAUUGAAAAUGUACUUCCAUAUGGAUCCUUCAUUGUGUGCCACCGAUGUGAUAUUAGAAUUACCGCCCACACGACACUUCUAAACCUUGGGCAUCAUAUUCAGUCCUGUAUUAGUGAUCACAACAGUUCAUGCUUAAGCAAACCACAGUUCCAUACCACACCGGAAGAUGAUGGCACACACAUAUACAUGCUAUGUGCCCAGUGUUCAUAUUUAAACAUAAUUUCAUGAGACUGGCAUUGUAGUGAUACUGGUUAAUUAAAUAUUUAUACAUGACUAUUCUUACUUGUCAAUUGUAAAAUUGAAAAUAGUUUGUGUACUAGCAUAUUAUGUGUUCUUUUUUCUACCAUUCAUUUUUUGUUUUCUGAGGGUACCUCUUAGUUCUAGAAAUGUGAUUUUCAGUUAAUUUGAACUUUUGUAAAUCAACUGAAGUUGUUUGCUGACUUGUGUUAUUAUAAAUUGUUUGUGGCAAGGAUCACUUAAGGAAUAUCAUUUCAGGCUCUUCUAAGUUUUAAAAAGUAUAUUGUCCUAAGGACCUCAUGAGGUUGGGAACCAAUGGAUCAGGUAUUCCAUAUAUACAAAAUGUUGUUUAUUUGAAAUAUGAGACACUUAAAAAUCUAUAUUAAAAAUGAAAGUAUUUUAGACAAUGGCAUGGCUGCUAUGUUAACACAUACAUUGCUAUGUGGCCUGAAAUAAGAACUAACCCUCUGAUCUAACCUGUUUUACUUUAUGCGAUUGUUUCAUCCCUAAACAUUUAUAUUUUUCUUUUCAUCAAAUGAAGGUAGUCACUAAAAUAUAAAUUUGUUCCUUACUAUACUUAUCAUCCACAUGCAUUCUAAUAUUUAUUGGUGCAUAUAAUUACUGUCGAUACACACUUAAUACGUAAUUCACGUAGCGUUAGGGAUAAUGAUAUGCUAUCACUAUACAAAUCAAUGUGUAUGUUGAUGGCACUUUUAUGUACCAGUAAAUAUUAAUGCUUACACCAGAAUAUUGUACCACAAAGUCAUAAAACUUCUCUUUUAACAGACUUUCGUGUAGCAAAAUGCCAUGAUUAUUAAUUGAUCAUGUAGGUUCAAGUAAAAAAUAAAACUUUGCUUACUUACAUAUGAAUAUCAAUAGUAAUAUCACUAGCUUUUCUUGUACUCUUGGAAUUAUAUAAGACAUCUAAUGCAGAAAUUAAUUUGGGUAGUGAAUUUAUACAAAUUUCAGCGUAAUGUAGUUGGUUGGUAAUGAUAAGCAGCAGAACCAUGCCCAGAUCCUGUGACAUGACUGACUGUGAAGGUGUUCACUGUAUACAAUAAAAUUGAAAAUUAAAGUUUAUAGGAUUGCACUCAUGCCAUGUACACAAAAUCACAUUUACAAGUACAACCACUUUGACUCUUGUUACAAAUUUAUUUGGCAUCUGAGAUCAGUAAAAGAAACGCGGCAGUUUCCAAUUACAGAUGUGUCACUACAAAACCAUAUAGAAGUAGCGCCUUUUAAAUUAAAAGGUUAACAUGUAAAUAGAUUUGGCAUGCUGUGAAUGCCAUUCAUUCCUCAAUCCUUUCUGGCGAAAUCCUUGAAAUUACAUUAAAACUAGCCUUGUGUCUGUUCUUGUCCCAGUCAACCAUUUUAAGUCAUUGUUAAACGACAUCCACAUCUGAUUUCCUGUAAAGUGUCAAAGUGCCUUUGGUUAGUAUUUUGUCAUAAGCUUGAGACAGAGAAAACACAUGAACAGUCAUUAAACAAUUAUCUCGAAUAGGGCUGCAGAAGGAAAUUAAUUC